GGUUCCUCGUUCACUAAUUGGGGAUCCAAGAGUUGCGCCGAGUAGUAGUGUGAGGAUUUUGAUUUUCGAUAUGGAUUCUGCAGAGGAAAAAGGUGUUAGAGUUGAAGAAGAGAACGGACGCAGUGGUCUCCGUAGGAAUCGGAGAGCUUCUACGAAGCUGGCGAAUUACGUUGACCCUCCGACUGACGACGACGAAGAUGGAGGACCCAAGCGAAAGGGCAACAAGGGUGGAAAUAGGUCUCGGAAAAAGACACUGAAGGAAGACGAUGAAGAUGCGAACGGAGGCGCUUCUGGUCUGGCGAAGGAGAAGAAGAGAGUCUCUACAAGGAUUAAUGAGAAAGUUGAAGUUUCUGGAAGCAAAUCGACGGAAGAAAAUGGGAUUAGGACUCGGAAAAGGACUCAGAAGAAUGAUAAAAUCGAUGUUGAGGUUCCAACUAAGUCGAGCAAGAGGAGGAGAACCACAGUUAACAACAACAGGAAACAACCCCGCGGGUUGUCCAAUAUGUGUCAUCAAUGUCAACGGAACGAUAAAGGCGAUGUUGUGCGGUGUCAGACUUGCAAAAUGAAGCGUUUUUGCCACCAAUGCUUAGAUACUUGGUACCCUGACAUAGCAAAAGAAGAUGUUGCCAAGAAAUGCCCAUUCUGCUGUAGUGUUUGCUGUUGCAGAGCAUGCUUGCGUCUAGAUCAUAAAAUCAAAGGCAUAAAUUCAAAUCUCGAGAUCAGCAGUGAUGCAAAAAUUCAAUGCUCUCAAUAUACUUUGCAAAACCUUCUACCACAUCUGAAGGAAAUAAAUGAUGAACAAAUAGCUGAGAAGGAAAUUGAGUCAAAAAUAUCGGGACUCAAGUUUGAAGAGGUGAGGCCCCAAGAUGCUAAAUUAUCCCCUGAUGAAAGAUUAUACUGUGAUAUCUGCAAGACAUCAAUCUAUGAUCUUCAUAGGAAUUGCAAGGUCUGUAAAUGUGAUAUCUGCCUUACCUGUUGCCUUGAGAUCCGCAAUGGAAAGGCUCUGGCAUGUCAGGAGGAUGUGUCUUGGAAUUAUAUUAAUCGAGGUUUAGAGUAUGAACAUGGAGGAGAAGGAAAAGUUAUUGAUGAGCUGGAUGAUAAGCCGAAAGAUAAGCCGAAGGGUAAACCUAAGGGUAAGCCGCAGGGUAAGCCCGAUGAUAAGCCGAAGGGUAAGCCAAAGGAUAAGCCGAAGGGUAAGUCGCAUGAUAAGGAGGAUGAUGAGCCAGAUAAGAAGCCGAUUAAUACAGACCAUAUGAAGUACCCUUCUAUGUGGAAAGCAAAUGAAGCUGGGAUCAUUACUUGUUAUUGUGGUGCUGGGGAUUUAGUGUUGAAACGCCUACUUCCGGAUGGUUGGGUAUCUGGUUUGGUCAACAGAGUAGAAAAAAGUGCUGAAGCCGGCAAGCUUUUGGAUUUACCUGAAACAGUUUUGGAGCGAUGCCCUUGUUUUAACUCUAAUGGUCUUAUUGACGUGGACAACGGUAAAUUGUUGAAGGCUGCUUGUCGAGAAGGUUCAGAAGACAAUUAUCUAUAUAGUCCAAGUGUUAGCGAUGUUCAAGAAGAUGAUCUGAAGCAUUUUCAACAUCAUUGGGUAAAAGGUGAGCCUGUGGUUGUGAGGAAUGUGCUUGAGACUACAUCUGGUUUAAGCUGGGAACCAAUGGUAACGUAUCGUGCCUGCCGUCAGAUAGCCAACAGCAAUUUUGAACAACUUCUAACGGUUGAUUCUACUGAUUGUCUGGACUUCGAUGAGCGAGAAGUAAAUCUUCGUAAAUUUUUUACCGGAUACACAGAAAGCCGAUAUGAUCGAAUGGGUUGGCCACAUGUUAUAAAACUGAAAGAUUGGCCUCCAUCUAAUUUAUUUAAAGAAAACAUGCCACGUCAUUCGGAGGAGUUCUUAUGCAGUUUGCCUUUGAAGCUGUACACUCACCCAGAUAAUGGACCUUUGAAUCUGGCUAUCAACCUGCCUGAAAAUUCUUUGAAGCCAGAUAUGGGGCCAAAGACGUAUAUUGCUUACGGAUUUCCGCAAGAAUUUGGCCGUGGAGAUUCUGUUACUAAGCUCCAUUGCGAUAUGUCUGAUGCGGUCAAUGUUUUGACGCACAUCUAUGAAGUGCCCAUUGACGAGAAAAUGCAACCUGGAAUUGAAGAUCUGAAAAAGAAGCAUGCUGAACAAGAUGUCAAGGAGCUGUAUAGUUCAGUAACUAACAAGAAGGAAAUGAUGGAGAUUCUUGAAAAGUCUAGACAACAAAUCCCAAAUGUUGAAACUGAUGAGGGAGCUCUUUGGGACAUUUUCCGUAGAGAAGAUAUUCCUAAAUUAGAAAGUUACAUUGAGAAACAUCACAAGGAGUUCAGACAUCUCUACUGCUGUCCUGUCCCUCAGGUUGUUCAUCCCAUAUAUGACCAGACGUUUUAUUUGACACGGUAUCAUAUAACGAAGCUGAAAGAAGAAUAUGGCAUUGAACCUUGGACCUUCAAUCAGAAGCUUGGGGAUGCUGUCUUAAUACCUGUAGGUUGCCCUCAUCAAGUCAGAAAUCUGAAGUCCUGCACAAAGGUAGCACUUGACUUCGUCUCACCUGAAAAUGUCAGCGAGUGUUUACGCUUGACAAAACAGUAUCGUUUACUUCCACCAAAUCAUUUUGCAAAAGAAGACAAGUUAGCGGUUAAGAAGAUGAUAAUCCAUGCAGCCGAUAAGGCCGUCAGAUACUUAAGUGGAGAGAAGUCUCCAGAACCCGUAGAGAAGAAAAUAAAGAAUAGAGGGCCAAAGGGUAGAGUCAAUGGGAGUACGUCAAAGGGGAGAGCCAAUGCAAUUGUUAAGGCUCACAAAGACUUACCUCCAAGUGAAAAGUCUUCCGAAGCAGCAGAAGAGGAGAUAUCAAAUGCGAUAGUCAACGCAAUUGAUACGGCUCUCGAAGACAUACCUCCAAGUGAAGAGAAGUCUUCCGAAUCCGAAGAGGAGAAAUCAAAGGGGAUAGUCAAUGCAAUCGAUAAGGCUCUCGAGGACAUACCUCCAACUGAAAAGAAGUCUCCCGAAGCGGAAGGGGAGAAAAAACCAAAGAUUUUGCGCCGAGGACGAUUGAGAAUUUUGAUUUUCGAAAUGGAUUCUGUUGAGGAAGAAGGUGUUGUUAGGGUUGAAGAAGAGAACGGACGCGGUGGUCUCCGUAGGCAGCGGAGGGUUUCUACGAAGCUGACGAAUUACGUAGAUCCUCCGACUGACGACGACGAAGAUGGAGGACCCAACAAGCGAAAGGGCAAAAGGGGUGUAUCUAGGCCUCGGAAAAAGACACUGAAGGAAUACAAGGAUGAGCAAAAGAACGAAAUUGAUGAACCAAACGGAGUCACUGGUCUGGUGAAGGAGAAGAGAGCCGCUUCUAAGAUUAGGAAUGUCAAAGACUCCAUUACUGAAGUUGGAGAAGCUUCUGGAAGCAUGCCCAAGGAAGGAAAGGGAAUUAGGAUUGGGAAAAGGACUCAGAAGAAUGAUGAAAUCGAUGGUGAGUUUCCAACUAAGCCGGGCAAGAAGCCAAAGACUACAGUAGACCCGAGAAUCAUUGGUUACAGACCGGACAAUAUGUGCCACCAAUGUCAAAAGAGCGAUAGGAUUGUUGAACGGUGUCAGACCUGCAAUAGCAAGCGUUAUUGUCACCCAUGCUUGGACACUUGGUACCCACAAAUAGCAAAAGAAGAUGUUGCCAAGAAAUGCAUGUUCUGCUCUAGUAUUUGCAAUUGCAGAGCAUGCUUGCGUCUAGAUACUAAAUUAAAAGGGAUAAAUUCGAACCUCAUGGUCAGCGAGGAAGAAACGGUUCAAUCCUCUAAGUUUAUUCUGCGGAGCCUUCUCCCACAUCUAAAAGGAAUAAAUGAUGAACAAGUUGCUGAGAAGGAAGUUGAGGCCAAAAUAUCCGGACUGAAGUUUGAAGAGGUGAGGCCCCAAGACGCUAAAGCUUUCCCUGAUGAAAGAGUAUACUGUGAUAUCUGCAAGACAUCAAUCUAUGAUCUUCAUAGGAGUUGCAAGGUCUGUAAAUGUGAUAUCUGCCUUAGCUGUUGCCUUGAGAUCCGCAAUGGAAAGGCUCUGGCAUGUAAGGAGGAUGUGUCUUGGAAUUAUAUUAACCGAGGUUUAGAGUAUGAACAUGGAGAAAAAGGAGAAGUUGUUCAAAAGCUGGAGAAUAAGCUGGAUGAUAAGUUGAAAGAUAAGCUUGAUGAGAAGCCGACAGAUAAGCCGGAUGAUAAGCUGGAUGAUAAGUUGGAUGAUAAGCCGAAGGGUAAGCCAAAGGGUAAACCGAAGGGUAGGCCGAAGGGUAAGCCAGAUGAUAAGCCGAAGGGUAAGCCAAAGGGUAAACCGAAGGGUAAGCCGGAUGAUAAGCCAGAUAAGAAGCCGAUUAAUACAGACCAUAUGAAGUACCCUUCUAUGUGGAAAGCAAAUGAAGCUGGGAUCAUUACUUGUUAUUGUGGUCAGGGGGAGUUAGUGUUGAAACGACUACUUCCGGAUGGUUGGAUAUCUGAGUUGGUCAACAGAGUAGAAAAAACUGCUGAAGCUAGCGAGCUUUUGAAUUUACAUGAAACUGUUUUGGAGCGGUGCCCUUGUUCUACCUCUGACAGUCAUAUUGACAUAGACAGCUCUAAUUUGUUGAAAGCUGCUUGUCGAGAAGGUUCAGAAGACAAUUAUCUAUACUCUCCAAGUGUAUGGGAUGUUCAACAAGAUGAUGUGAAGCAUUUUCAGCACCAUUGGGUAAAAGGCGAGCCUGUGAUUGUGAGAAAUGUGCUUGAAGCUACAUCUGGUUUAAGCUGGGAACCAAUGGUAAUGUUUCGUGCCUGCCGCCAGAUAAGACAUGUCCAGCAUGGAUCACUUACGGAAGUUGAUGCUGUUGAUUGUUUGGACUUUUGUCAGGUAAAAGUUAAUCUUCAUGAAUUUUUUUACUGGAUACACGGAUGGCCGAUUGAUCGAAUGGGUUGGCCACUAUUUCUGAAACUGAAGAUUGGCCUCCAGCUAAAACAUGGGACCAAAGACGUACGUUGCUUCUGGAUUUGCUCAAGAUUUGGCCGUGGAGAUUCUGUUACUAAGCUCCAUUGCGACAUGUCUGAUGCGGUGAAUAUUUUGACACACAUAUCUGAAGUGCCGAUUGAGGACGAUAAGAAAGAUGGAAUGGGGAAACUGCAAAAGAAGCAUGCCGGACAAGAUCUCAAGGAGCUGUAUAGCUCAGUAGCUAACCAGGAGGAAAUGAUGGAGAUUCUUGGAAAUUCCAGACAACAAGUCCUUAAUGUCGAAACUGAUGAGGGAGCCCUUUGGGACAUUUUCCGUAGAGAAGAUAUUCCUAAAUUAGAAAGUUACAUUGAGAAACAUCACAAGGAGUUCAGACAUCUCUACUGCUGUCCAGUGUCUCAGGUUGUUCAUCCUAUACAUGACCAGAAUUUCUAUUUGACCCGGUAUCAUAUAAUGAAGCUGAAAGAAGAAUAUGGCAUUGAACCUUGGACCUUCAAUCAGAAGCUUGGGGAUGCUGUUUUAAUACCUGUGGGUUGCCCUCAUCAAGUUAGAAAUUUGAAGUCCUGCACAAAGGUAGCGCUUGACUUUGUCUCACCUGAAAAUGUCAGCGAGUGUUUACGCUUGACAAAACAGUAUCGUCUACUUCCACCAAAUCAUUUUGCAAAAGAAGACAAGUUAGGGGUGAAGAAGAUGAUAGUCCAUGCAGUUGAUAAAGCUCUCAGAGACUUAAGUGGAGAGAAGUCUCCAGAACCCGAAGAGAAGAAAAAUUUUAAGAGGACGAAUUCAAGGAAGAACAGGGCAGUUGUUAAGGCUCUCAAAGACUUGCCUCCAAGUGAAAAGAAGUCUUCGGAAGCAGCCGAAGAGGAGAUAUCAAAUGGGAUAGUCAACACAAUCAAUAAGGGUCUCGAAGACUUACCUCCAAGUGAACAGAAGUCUUCCGAAGCCAAAGAGGAGAUAUCAAAUGGGAUAGUCAAUGCAAUGGAUAAGGCUCUUGAAGACAUAUCUUCAAGCGAAAAGAAGUCUCCGGAAGAGGAAGGGGUGAAAAGACCAAAGAUUGUGAAGACAUAUGAGCGGAGAAAAAAGCAGAGAAGUGAAGAGACCAACGCAUAGACAUUGGCAGAUUAGAAAUGGAGAAGAUGUAGUAGUAGUAGUUUUUGUUGCAUCUCAACUUUUCAUCAUCUUUUGCUGUAGCUUUAGCAAACUCUUUUGCUACUUUCAUUUACGGAAUCUCUAAGUAAAACAGAGUACUAAGG